UGUCCCCAAUGGCAGUCGACGGCUGUUCGCCGCUGUCCGACUACUACUGUUAGUCUAAGUUUAUUUUAUUUUUAUUUUUUUUUAGAUGAAAGUUUUGUGGGGAUCGUUUUCCUAGAUGACCCCGACAGACCGGGCCCGUUAAACGGAUCGGCUAGCGGCACUGAAAAAAAGGCCGCCCUCUUGAGUUUUUCGUUUUUUAUUUUUUUUUUUCAAGACCGUGAAAAUGUCUUCUGAGUACGAGGAGAUCGAGACAUGGGAGGACGAACUGAAGAACAUACAGAACGUGAUACACCUGACGAGAGAGAACAUCGACGCUCUGAACGCAAAGUUUGCCGGGUUGCAGCACCCUCCGCCGAUGUACCUCUCGGAAUACCAGGAGCUGACUAGUAAGCUGCAUGAGCUGGAAGUGAAGGAGCAGCACCUCAACGAGAUGAUCACGUACCAGAAAGGGCUGUUGGACGGCGAUUACGACCUUUUCGCCCUGUCCAACAGCGACCGGGGCCACCGCCAGAGCAUCCAGCCUUCGCUGAAGAGCGUCGUCCGGGCCCACCUGCCAAACCAGCAGAGGACGAGCGUCCAGGUGAAACCGCGGCAGACGGUGCGCGACGCCCUCGCCAAAGCCAUGAAGUUGAGGAAUCUGACGACGGAGAUGUGCGUCGUCUAUGCUGUGAACAGUGACUUGCAGAUAGCAUGGGAUGCGGACCUGUCCUCGAUGGACAUCGAUGAAAUAAGAGUAGAGAUCAUAGACAAGUUCCCUGUCACGACUAGUAUAUCUCAUAAUUUUGUGAGAAAAACGUUUUUCUCUUUAGUGUUUUGUGAGUGCUGUAGACGGUUGUUGUUCCAAGGUUUUUACUGUCGAACGUGCGGUUAUCGCUUCCACCAGCGUUGCGCCGGUGGUGUGCCGGCGCUGUGCCAACAAGUAAGAAUGAUUGACAAUUACUAUCAGAUGCUUCUUGCGCAGACGCCUGAGACUUCUUCUGCAGGGAUACUGCAAAUGCCUUCGGAUUAUGGCAUGGCAAGGACCACCACCAGGAGGCCUCCGAGGUCUCUCGGUCACGGAGAACGGUCCAGCUCGGCUCCCAACGUAUGCUACAACACGGUCAGCCUAGGCCACAACGAUGUCAACUAUGACGAACUGGCAGGGCUCACUGGUAUGGUGCCUGCUUUGGCGAGUAACAGACUACCUCAUUCACAAAGUGCACAGGCGUCGCCGACCAACGCCCUCAGGCCGUGGAGGCCCCGGGCGAGGUCUGCCGAUGAGAGCGCCAACAAAAAGAUAAGCAAAGACGGACCGCGCGAAUCUAUAGAAGACUGGGAAAUACCUAAUGAUGAAAUUCUGACUGGGCAGCGUAUCGGGUCUGGAUCGUUUGGGACCGUUUACAAAGGGCACUGGCAUGGCUCAGUCGCGAUAAAGACUCUCAACGUGCGGGAUCCUACAACGGCUCAACUGCAAGCCUUCAAAAACGAAGUGGCCGUUCUUAGAAAGACAAGGCAUGUAAAUAUUCUUCUCUUCAUGGGGUACGUUAGUAAGCCUCAGCUGUCGAUUGUCACUCAGUGGUGCGAGGGCUCGAGCAUCUAUAGGCAUCUCCACGUUCAGGAAGCCAAAUUUUCGUUGCUAGAAACAUUAGACAUAGCGAGACAGACCGCGCAAGGUAUGGACUAUUUACACGCGAAGAGCAUAAUACACAGGGAUCUCAAGAGCAACAACAUAUUUCUACACGAUAUGGUCGUGAAGAUAGGAGACUUUGGGCUAGCCACCGUCAAAUCCAGAUGGUCCGGAGGUAAACAGUUUCAACAACCAUCUGGUUCUAUAUUGUGGAUGGCCCCUGAGGUCAUACGUAUGCAAGAAGACAGCCCUUACAGUUUCCAAUCCGAUGUGUAUGCAUAUGGUGUCGUUUUGUACGAAUUACUCUCAAACCAGCUGCCAUACAGUCAUAUUAACAAUAAAGAUCAAAUCUUGUUCAUGGUGGGACGCGGUUACCUGAGGCCCGACCUGAACAACCUGACCGCAGAAACGCCCAAAGCCCUUAGAAGACUUUUAGAAGAUUGUAUAAAAUUUAAAAGAGAAGAUCGUCCUUUAUUCCGUCAGAUCCUCGCCUCUUUAGAAAGCCUUUUGACCUCGUUGCCCAAAAUACACAGAUCAACAUCGGAACCUCUACUCAACCGGACACCGCUGCACUCCGAUGAUCUUUGCUACGUCUGUGCCUCUCCGAAGACUCCGGUCAACACCCAGUUCGGAUCGUUUCCCUUUUAUCCAGUCGGAGGUAUUUAAUUAAGACUACUGAUAUAUGUAUAUAUACAUAUAUAUUUUGAGCCAUUUUAUUAAAGUGCCGACUCCUUUAAAUAAUCGAGUUUAAUUCAAAUGCCUCACUAAAUAGGAUGAAUUUAGACAAAAAAAGAAGAAAAAAUGGAAAGAUGGCAUAUUUUAAAUACCUAGAUCACACUCAUAAACUGUAUAUUUAUAACAAUAUAUAAUUACUAAAGUUAUUUAAACAAUUAUUUGCUUAAUUUAAUAAUAUAAAAAAACAGAUGGCCACAUAUUGAGUAUAAUAUUACCUAAACGUUAAUAUGAAAUUAUUAAAUUUAAAAAAAACCUUUAUAAUGUGUAAAAUUGUACAGUGUAUUUAAAAGAAGAAAAAAGAGGAAAAAAUUGUGGAAUAUAAAACAAAAAAUUGUGUGGUAAAAAUUGCAAGCAAUAAUUGUGUGGUCUGUAUUAUGUACCUGGUAUUGUAUUUGUUGUUUUAUAGGCAUAGAAUUUUUUUCAGUUAUUUUAAAAUUAGCUACGAUCACCCAGUUCUGAAACACCGUAAGAUCAGUGAUUGAAGGUGGUAUAUUGUUUAUUGUUUAAUUAAUUUAAUUGUUUCUCCUUGUUCUUUUUUUAUAUUUUUUUCUCACUGUAAUUGAAGAAUUUCUAGGUAUGAAUUAUCGUAUUCAAAAAUUGUACAUUUUGUGUAUAACAAUUCCCCGAUGUUGACAAGUUCUUCGUUUGUAUUUUUUGUCGUGCCAACGAUCGAGAAGAGCCAGAAUUCGUAUGGUGUCACUGUAUUAAUUAUUGUAUAGUUGAAUGGUUUAUCUGAAUUAUUUGUUCUAAUUGGGAGGGGGGAGGGGAGAUAAACGAAACUAUGUAUUUGUUUUAACACAAUUUAUUUGGAGAAUAAAAAGUAAUUAAAAAAUUAUAUUAUAAAAAAAGAAAUGUAUUUAAUUGUAAGUAUUACCCUAUUAUUUAUACCAAUCCUAUUGUUUGCCUCAAAUAAAACUAAGGCUGUUUUAAUGUUUA